UUCAGUCUGAGCUCAGGCAGAUUAGCAGAUUAGAAACAACUGCACCUCCCAUCUAUCACCACAGAACAGGCUCGCAUUUUAUUUCCACCAUGGAUUGAGGGGUUAAGCUUAGAUAAUUUAGAGAUCAGACCUGUCUUUCUUUUUCUUUUGUUACUGGCCAGUCUUCUUGUGCUGGAAAUAUAAGAUUUUAAAUGGGAAGUUGGUAGCUUCUUCUGCCAGCCUGAAAAGAGGAUUCCCUCAACUCCUAGAGGACACAGCUGAGCAAAAUCCCUGCCAGCCCAUGGAUGGCCCCGGGAUGGAGUCAGAAGGCAGAAUCAACAAGACGAUCUCUUCUUUAAUGAGCCAUAAAAGGAACUUGACAUAUUUGCCCUACUACCAGCACUCCCCGCCUGUUGCCGCUAUCUAUAUAAUCUCCUACUUGUUUAUCUUCGCCUUGUGCAUGGUUGGGAACAGUCUGGUUUGCUUCAUUGUGCUGAAGAACAGCCGGAUGAGAACAGUCACCAACCUCUUUAUCCUCAACCUAGCCAUCAGCGACCUGCUGGUUGGGAUUUUUUGUGUGCCCACCACACUCGUGGACAAUUUAAUCACAGGCUGGCCCUUCAGCAAUGGAAUCUGCAAGAUGAGUGGGCUGGUUCAGGGCAUGUCUGUGUCCUCGUCUGUUUUCACGCUGGUGGCGAUUGCUGUGGACAGGUUCCGCUGCAUCAUUUAUCCCUUUAAAUCGAAGCUCAGUCUGCUCAAGGCCCUGAACACCAUCGUGGUCAUCUGGGUCCUGGCCAUCACCAUCAUGUGCCCUUCUGCUGUCAUGCUCACGGUGGUGCAGAUUGAGGAUCACUACAUGGUGUACAAUGACAACCAGAGCCUGGCUUACCCCUUGUAUUCCUGCUACGAGGCCUGGCCCAACAGCGAGAUGCGCAAGGUCUACACCACUGUCCUUUUUGCCCACAUCUACGUGGCCCCAUUGACCCUCAUCAUGGUCAUGUACGGUAGGAUUGGCGUCAAACUCUACAGGUCAUCGGGCCCGGUGAGCAAGCACAGGGUGGAGAACCAGGAGUGCUGCAGUGCUGCUGUCUCCAGGAGGAAGGUCAAGGUAAUCAAGAUGCUCAUUCUGGUGGCCCUGCUCUUCAUGCUCUCCUGGCUGCCCCUGUGGACCCUGAUGCUGUUCACAGACUACACCAAGCUGGAUGACGACCAGAUCGACCUGCUGACGGGCUACAUCUUCCCCUUCGCGCACUGGCUGGCCUUCUCCAACAGCAGCGUCAAUCCCAUCAUCUAUGGCUACUUCAAUGAGAACUUCAAGCGGGGCUUCCAGGCAGCCUUCCAGUUCCAAGUUUGCUCGGAGGAGAUAGGGCAUCAUGAGGCCUAUUCGGAGAAGGUGACGGGCAGCACCAGUGGCUUCAGUACUCGCAACAAGAUCUUCACGGACAGGGAAUCCUCCGACUCCGUCUGCCUCAAGAACCUGCAUGCCAAAGUCUCCUGCCCCGUGCAGAAUGGACAAGCCCAGAAACAGGGACUUCACCUGCAGGAUAUUGAUAAAAUCACCCCUCUGAACAAAGUCUGCAAAGCAUGGGAUGAGUGAGACGGCUGGCGAGAUGGGAAUGCUGUCUCUUUCCAUUUGCAAACGUCACUUUUAUUUGUUACAGUGAUGCGUGUGCAGUGAGGAGUAUUUUCCCCUCAGGCCUGGUACCUAGCUAUUCAUAUUCUGUUUUGUAAAUGCAAAAUGAAUCGCAUGGAGCUGCUGUUCAAUAUUCCUAUCGAUGCACAAAUAUCUGUCAAUCACUUUCAGUGUAUAGUUGAGGCUAGCUGUCAUAUAAAAUGUCUAUGUCUUAAAGCUACAACUCCAUGCAGAGUUUCCUUGGCUUGCAAUCAGAAUGUGGUUCUUUUGGGGGUGGAAAAAUGUAUUUCACAGGUCAGGAUUCAGUUUUGCAUUUAAAAAAAAAAUCUAUGAGUAUUUGUCUUCUUAUGUUAGCAAACUGCUGCUUGUCAAGCUCCUACUGCUGUUGGGCCGCCCCAUCUGUUAUAUGUGCAGAAGAGAAUCCCAAAGCUGAUAGGGCAGCCGAAGUCUCUCUCUGGAUGCUCUUGCAAGGUUCCAAGGUCAGUACUUCAGACACAAAAACCAUUCCAGCAGCUCUGCAGUGUAACACAAGAAAUCGCAGCUGUAUCCAGGGAGAGUGCCACAAUAAACACUCCACACUUUUGUUACUAAGAUCACUUUAAAACUGAAAGGAUUAAAAAAGAAAACCCAUCUAGGCCCCAAUCCAGCAAAGCACUUAAGCAGAUGCUUAUCUUCAAGCAUGGGAGUAGGCCAGAUCCUGAUGCUUUUCACCAUUCCUGCUCCUUGACCCUGUCUAGACUAGAAAUAUGCACUGGUUUAACUAAAUAGAUUAAAAAAUAAUCUAAUUCAACUAGUACAAACCCUUAAUAUAGAUACACUUAAGACGGUUUAACCUUUGUUUAAACAGGUUCAGCUGAGUCAGUACGUUACAGUGAAAUUGGCAAGGGUUAAACUGGUUUAGCGCCUCUGGAUUAGGAAUUUUCCCCAGUAUAAUGGAUCAAUUUUCUGAUUGAUUUAGUUCAACCAGUGCACUCAUCUAGUAUGGACUAGGCCUUUGUUACUGCUUGGCAUUUUGCUCAGCAAAAAUUCCUCCUGUGGACACGAUGAACUACCGAAACAAUGGAAUAGCAGACAUCACCAAAGACCGUCAGCCAAAUUCUGUUCAUUUACACUUGUGUAAAUUUAGAGUAAUACCAUUUCUCUCAGGGCAGUUACUCCAGAUGCACAUUGCUGUGUCGGAGAAGAGAGCUUACCACAUCAUCUCCCCAGCUGCCAGGUGCUGCUUGGGGACAAUGCAGAACUGUAUGUCCCCCAAGGGCAUUGCCCCUCAGCAGAGCUUGUGAUAUGCAAUACACAGUGUGCCUGUUCCAGUGAUUGGCCCUUGGAGAUUUCACUGGCAACACAUCCUGAGCAGGCAGUCAGCCACACAGGUCUGCUAGAACAUGAGUCUAUUAUGCUCUUUGAUCCAUCUGUACCCAUUCUUUGAAUGUAGAUUAGCUCAUGCAAAUUGUACACACAAUAGCCUAACCAUUUCCUGUUGGUUCCAAA